AUGAACUCUAUCAACAAGCAAAGAAAGAGUACUUCAAGUUCUAAUAGUAGCAAUAGCAAUGGCAGCAUUCACGAAAACACUCCCUCUGCUAUCGAGGAUAUCAAAAGUCGAAAUUUAAGUAAAUCUGAGUGGUCUUUUGAAGCUCCAAUACCAUCUACCAGCUUACCAAGAAGUCAUCUUCAAGAUUCCAAUCCGAUCGACUAUGCAAGAUAUGCCUAUGCAAAUAAAAGAACUUCUUUACUCUCCACCCAUUCUUCUGAAUCCUCUGAUUACUACCUGUAUCCAUCCCACAGGAGUUCUUCGCUCUAUACAUACAGGCAAGCAGGUUUUACAGACCCAGAUAAUGUGGUCAGAUCUCAGAGAGGUCAUUCAGACCAAUACCCUCAGAACAGAAACCACCAAACGGUUAUCACAAAUACCGAAGUCACAGUCUCAACCGCACAAGAAGCACCAGCACCUCUAUUUGAUCCAUUUAUCUUGAUGGAUAACAAAGUAGAGCCAAGAACAUACAAUCUCAUCAUACGACAAUCUCCUAUGCACGGCCAAAUGUGUACUCUUGGCAGCAAAGAAAGAAGAAUACUGGAUCCAUUGCCGAUCAUCCAACUGGAUAUUCGUGAUCGAAACGGAAAGCGUGAUCUUAUUGGACAGUCAAGUCCAUUAUUGAUCAUGCAAGUCAAUCUGAUCGCAGAACAUAUCGAGGUUGGUAGCGGUGGAAAGUCAUCUGAUCGUAAUGAAAGUGGAAGUGCAAGUAAUAGUCCGGUGGAAGUGCGACAAAACCUUUCACCUAUAUCUGCAUCCGGUGCAACUUCCACUCGAGUUGGUUUACCUGGCUUCGCUUCUUUUAUUGACUCAACGAUGGCAACGAAUAUCGAUCAGUCUGCACCAACAAAGUCGGAUUUGGAUUCUCAACUUUUACCCAAACCACAUGAAACACACUUCUCAGCUUUACGUCUAUUGGAAGGUAAAUUGACCGCUUCUCCUCAUAUAGUGAAAGAUAUUGAAAAUCAUUUGGACAUGAAGGAAAGAGUUGGAUCAGAUCCUCAAAAACGUCAGAAAGUCGAGAGGGAUCCAGAUUCACUCAAUCCGAAAAGGAGAAGCUCAAUGCCAGUACACUCAUCAACAGCCAGCAUCAAAGAAAGCGCAGACGUUUCCGAAGAAAGACAAGAAGAUCAAAAAGCAUGCUUCUUCAUCUUUACGGAUCUGAGUAUUCGUUUACGCGGUACAUAUCGAUUACAAUUUUCUUUAAUAAAAUUGGGAUUACCAUCUCCUACUUCCACAACAAAAUCAACAGGCCAAAUUGUUGCAAGGACGAUUUCAGAUCCAUUCCCAAUUCAUCAUACGCGAGAUUUCGCUGGAAUGACUGAAUCAACACCUUUGGCCAAAUCAUUAGCAGGUCAAGGCGUUCACAUUCCGAUCAGAAAUGAUUCACGUUGGAAAAGUCGUGUACAACAACCAUCACAAAUGAGAGCUAAUCAAAUUCAACAAGAACACAAAACAACAAGUAGUACGGACGGUUCACCUUCUUCUGCAAGCCUUACACCAGCACGUUCGAGUAGUACACCACAAUCCAACAUCAAAUCGCAACAAUAG